UGUUUGUUUGUUUUCUCCUCUGCAAAAUAGACUAGAGUGUUUCGGGAAUUCAGUAUAGGGAUCAUUUGUAUUUUUAUAACAGCGAUCAAAGAGAAUGAAUGUAGCCAUUAAGGAAAGUUUCGUGGUGUAGCUGUUAGGUUUUGUGCUUCUGGUGCAUGGAGGUGACUGUUGAUGAUCUUGUCGGUCAGGUGAGCGUGAAAGCUAAUCACUUAGUUGAAACUUGAAAGGUUUUAUUUUCUGGAAUAAUUCUUUGGGCGCAAGAGUGAACUGCAUAAACUUGUGCAGACUGCUACUUUGAAUCGUAAACUCCCUUCAACCCAAAGGCUGGCGUUCUUUGAAGAACAUUAAUCAGUCAUAAAGAUGUUUACAACAGCAUCAAGAUGUCAGAUAUCUCAUGCUCUGGCAAGCUUCAUUGUCGUCUCCCUCUGCUUAUCCAUCUCAGACGCUAAUUACUUGGUAGACAUUCAGUCACUGUUCACUCUCAGAGAUUCAUUAGCCGAGGGAAGACAUCUCCUUUCAAGUUGGUUCAAUCAGGAAAUUCAGCCAUGCAAUUGGUCUGGUGUGACAUGUAUUGAUUCCAUAGUUCAUGGCAUUGACUUAUCCAAUAAAAAUUUGAACAUUCUAUUUCCUAGCUGCAUAGUUGCAUUCCGGUCACUAGAGCUCCUCAACUUCAGCAACUGUGGCUUCACUGGCCAAAUUCCCGAAACAUUAGGCGACCUGAAGAAUCUAAAGCACCUGGACUUGAGCAAUAACCAACUCAAUGGAGCUCUACCAUCAUCACUCACUGACCUGAAAAUGCUCAAAGAACUAGUGCUCGGUUCGAAUCUCUUGUCUGGAAGUUUAAUCCCACUUAUAAAUCUUAGAGGUCUCACGAAGCUCUCCAUCUCUGCAAACUCUUUUGAAGGAAGCAUUCCAUCUGAAAUUGGUUAUAUGCAGUACCUGGAACAUCUGGACUUGAGCACGAAUUCUUUUUCAGGAACUUUACCUUCCAGCUUCGGCAACCUGACUAAGCUCUUACACUUUGAUUGUAGCCGUAAUGGGCUAACUGGUGAAAUUUUUCCUGGCAUUGGAUCAUUAUCGAAACUCCUCACCAUGGACUUGUCUUACAACAGCAUGACUGGAUCUCUACCUGGAGAGCUCGGCAGACUGACAAGUUUGGAGGCAUUGUGGUUGGGACCAAAUGAGUUCAGUGGUAGUAUUCCAAUUGAAAUUGGCAAUCUGACACAGCUUAAGGUCUUCUCCAUUCAUAGCUGCAAGUUGACCGGAAGAAUUCCUGAAGAGAUCUCCAAUUUCAAAAGAUUGACUGAGUUGGACUUAUCAGAGAACAGCUUUUCAGGGGAGCUGCCUGCAGGUAUCGGAGAAUUAAAAUAUUUGUUAUACCUGGUUGCUGCUAAUGCUGGACUGAAUGGGCGUAUACCCGAAAGUUUGGGUAGCUGCAAGAUUCUGAAGAUGUUGGAUUUGUCAUUCAACUCGCUUUCCGGUUCAUUGCCUGAAAGCCUUGCUGGGCUAGAAUCAAUCACUUCAUUUAUCGCUGAAGGCAAUCGUUUAUCUGGUCCUAUACCCAUCUGGAUUUCAAAUUGGAAAAUGGUGAGAUCUAUCAGAUUGGGUAAGAACCUGUUUAACGGGUUUUUACCUCCAUUGAAGCUUCCAUACCUAACUACAUUCUCUGCUGAUUCCAACCAGCUCUCGGGCAAAAUUCCAUCCGGGAUAUGUGAAGCGGUGUCACUAACUAUUCUCUCGUUGUCGGAGAACUUACUCACUGGAAGCAUUGCGGAGACCUUCAAAGAAUGUUCGAAUCUUACUGAUUUGAUCUUGCUGGGAAACAAUUUGUACGGUGGAAUACCAGGAUAUCUUGGGAAACUGAAUCUGGUUACUCUGGAGCUUUCUCACAACAAUUUCAUCGGUUUACUCCCUGAUGAAUUAUGGGAAUCUCAGACCAUUAUAGAAUUCUCAGCUAGUAGCAAUAAACUUGUCGGUCAGAUACCAAGUAAAAUUGGCAAGAUGACUCAAUUGCAAAUGCUACAACUCGAUGACAAUCUUUUUGAAGGAGAGAUUCCAAGCUCCAUUGGGAGAUUAAGAAACCUGACCAAUUUGUCUUUGAAUGGAAAUAGGUUAUCUGGACCAAUUCCAACUGAGCUUUUCAACUGUGAGAGCCUUGUAGCAGUCGAUCUCGGUUCGAACAACCUGACUGGGUCAAUACCAAGAAACAUUUCUCAGCUGAAGUUACUUGACAACUUGGUCUUGUCGGGCAACCAACUUUCAGGUCAUAUCCCUGGUGAGGUCUGCUAUGGUUUUCAGAAGGUUCCUUAUCCAGAAUCUGAAUUCAACCAGCAUUACGGUGUGCUUGAUCUCUCCAACAACAACUUAGAAGGUCUGAUUCCUGCGGCCAUACAAAACUGCACUGUGGUUAAAGAGCUGCGUCUGCAAGGCAACAAGCUCAAUGGCAGCAUCCCUCCUGAGCUUGCAGAUCUUUUGAACCUGACCUUCAUUGACCUUUCUUUCAAUUUUUUAACCGGUCCUAUUUUACCGACGUCCAUCCCCUUGACAAAUCUGCAGGGCCUUAUCUUGUCAAAUAACAAGUUCGAUGGCUCAAUUCCAGACAACAUAAGCUCCAUCUUGCCAAGCUUAGUGAAGUUGAAUGUAUCGGGCAAUCAGCUGACUGGCUUCUUUCCUCAGUCCUUGUAUCAUAUCAAGACCCUCACAGAUCUAGACAUCAGCCAGAAUUCCCUCUCUGGUUAUAUUCCAUUCUCUGGAAGCACCAAUGGAGAAAUGAGCUCACUUCUCAUAUUCAAUGUCAGUAAUAACCAUUUCACCGGUGCCCUAUCUGACACCAUUUCGAAUCUUACUUCGCUUUCUGUUCUUGAUCUCCAUAACAAUGGACUUACUGGCGGCUUACCAUCUUCGCUUUCUAAACUUUAUUACUUAACGUAUCUGGAUGUCUCAGACAAUGAUCUUCAGGAUGCUAUCCCUUGCAGCAUAUGUAACAUUGUCGGCCUUUCGUAUAUCAAUUUCUUUGGCAACAGAUUCGAUCGGUAUUCACCUGAGGACUGUGAUCCAACCAAGCAGUGUUCAGCUAACCAUAUGACUUCCCCGCCAUUGGUUGCUUAUCUGUCUUCUCAUUCACUCAACCAGGCUUCUAAGUGGGGCAUAACAAUAGGUGCUGUUGCAAGCUUCUUUGUAUUGCUAUAUUUCCUUCUUAGAUGGAGAAGGAGAAGUCAGAAAGCCAAAGCUCUUGCUUCUUCUACUGGUAAGGCGAAGCCAGCUGCCAUUGAGCCAUCGUCUACCGAUGAGCUUCUUGGAAAGAAGUUGAGGGAACCACUGAGCAUAAACAUUGCCACUUUUGAGCACCCUCUGCUCCGGUUAUCACUUGCUGAUAUCUUAAAAGCAACCGAGCAUUUCAGCAAAGCACGAAUCAUCGGUGAUGGCGGGUUUGGCACAGUCUAUAAGGCAAUUCUCCCGGAGGGUCGAAUGGUUGCAAUCAAAAGGCUUAAUGGUGGGAAUCACUUUCAAGGUGACAGGGAGUUCUUGGCAGAGAUGGAGACAAUAGGAAAGGUAAAGCACCGGAACUUGGUUCCAUUGCUUGGAUACUGUGUUUUCAGCGAUGAAAGAUUCUUGAUAUACGAGUACAUGGAAAACGGGAGUCUUGAACUCUGGUUGAGAAAUGAGGCUGAUGCAGUUGAAACACUUGGGUGGCCAAUCCGUUUCAAGAUUUGCAUCGGUGCAGCUCGAGGUCUGGCCUUCUUGCACCAUGGUUUUGUUCCGCAUAUCAUCCACAGAGACAUGAAAUCAAGCAACAUUCUACUAGACAAAGCUUUUGAACCGAGAGUGUCUGACUUCGGGCUGGCACGGAUAAUCAGCGCGUGUGAAACUCAUGUCAGCACAGACCUUGCAGGCACAUUUGGCUACAUUCCUCCGGAAUAUGGACAAAUGAUGAAGGCAACAGCUAAGGGUGAUGUGUAUAGUUUCGGUGUUGUAGUGCUGGAGUUGUUAACAGGUCGACCGCCUACUGGCCAAGAAGAAGUUGAUACCGGAGGAAAUUUGGUUGGUUGGGUCAGGUGGAUGAUCGCACAGGGGAAAGAAUAUGAGGUAUUUGAUGCAUGCUUGCCGAAAAUGGGGCUGUCGAGGGACCAGAUGUCACGUGUGCUCAUUGUUGCAAGAGCUUGCACUGCUGAUGAGCCGUGGAAGAGGCCGAGCAUGCUCGAGGUGGUGAAGUUGUUCAAGGAGAUAAAAAUGAUGGCUGGCCAUGUUUAGUUCAAAGGAAUGUGUGAAUACUUGAAAUCAUGUUAUCUUGUGAUGUUUGAAACUAUAACUAUGCUUUGUGCUCCAACCUAUCUAAUCUGAACAUCUAGUGUACUUGGUUGAAAUUUCAUAUUGCGUACGUGUUGUUUGUUGAUUCUGGACUUGUGAGUACGUAACGGUGUAUAAGUUUUCUGCAA